ACGAUGCACAUAUAUUUGAAAUAUAUUUUUUUUUAUAAAUAAAUAUACAUUUGUAAAUAUUAAAAUUUAAAAUGUCGGUUAGCAAUUUUACCUAUACACCCCUACCGCAACCUGAAGAGAGAUCACUUGGGGAUAACAUGGAUGGAUCGGUAGACGUGCCCAAAUGGACAGAACAGGCUGUUAGUGACUUCGGCACAAAUCCUUUAAAUUAUGAUGAUCGUGAGAAUUGGAGUGUGAUCUUAUCAACCUUCAAAAUUACUAUCGCUAUGAUAAUCAUCACAAUAAUCGUAUUGCUGGUGGGUAUAAUCUAUUUGAGUCUGCGUUGCAAAGGACGUCUAAAUCCAAUCAAGGUUUAUGCAGAAACGCCAAACCAACGCUGCAUACGCUAUGUUUUAACGGUGUUGAUGCUAUUUUUCAUAGCUCUGAUUUUAUACUUUCUUAUAAUGGCUAUAAAAGUGAGCAAUGCGAAGAAAUACGUUCAAGAGCACCACACUUCACGCGAUACUAGAUAUCGGAAAUUGGAUCAUGUUUUAGUUUACAACUACAAUGAAUAUAGACAGCAGGGCGACCAAAAAGCGGAUGAUUUGAUUAAGGAUUGGAUUGAUAAAGAAGUAGGGAACGAUAAACUCAAAGAUAAAUGCCCACCAACGGAUGAUAUAAGCACCACAGAGGAACGCGUGGAGGAAAUCAAUCGUUAAUUUGAACUGCUAUGUUUAGACGUUUUGGAAUGGAGUGAUUAUAUGCGAUUUUUCCAAAGAAAUAUGACGACACUAAUGUUCCAAACAGAACCGGGUCGUAAAAUUUUAAAGAAGCUAAAUUUUCCAAACUUUCUUUCAAAAACAAUGCCAAUAGAUAAAAUCUUGGAUUUUUAUCGCAUCUUCAGUAUAUUGGACAAUUUUUUUAUGGCAUUUUCUAAGCUUUACACAUCAACAAUGGAUUUACCAGAUAUAUUGGAGGCUAGAACAAAAAGCACAUUGUCGCCACAUUUUUCAGAAAUUACUGAAGAUUUUGGCAAACAAUUUCGAACGCUCUCGAAGAAACUUGGCAAUGAACCACAACCAGAGCGAAGUUUCAAAUCAGCGGAAGUUGAAAAAAAUGAUUUAAGAGAGCCUCUUUGGAUUUUUAUCUGGGAAUGGUUGUGCCAUGUAUUAAUUAUAUUGAUAAUUCUCUCCUUGCUAAUAGCAUUAAUGCUCAGAUGCUGUGGCAAACGGCAUAGAGGUGAAGCUAGAUGCUGCAAUCAAGAAAAUGGAUCCUGGCUUUUUCAACUAGCUGCGUUUAUGAUAUUCUUGUACCUUCUUCUCGCCUUAUGUGCAUUUCUUUGGCAUUUUGUACACGGCGUUGGAGCAUAUAAUACCGCUUGUGUCAGCAGUGGUGUCCAUAGUCGAAGAGAACGUGAAGCUGAGCUGAACGACAACGACUUAAAUGUCGAUUGCCUAGAUGAGAGAACCUUUAAAAAGCUCGUACACGAUGAAGUAGAUCUAAAGAUAAAUGUUAGCUUGCCAGAAAAUGUGUCCUUGAAUGGGGCACUCAACAUUACGUUGCCCAAUUUGCGAAAACAAGCCAUAACAUUCAAGCAAAGGGCGAGAAUGUCAAAAAAUCUCAAUAUGUCUAGUUUAUGUGAUGAAGUCAGGGUUAAUAUGGAUCCAAAAGUUUUCACCGAUGUUUACGAGGCAAUGUACGGCUAUGCGAACGGUGAUAUGCCAGAUGAUAAUGACAUUAAAACACUAUCACUAUGCAAUUUGAAUAGUUUUAAACUUUAUCGAAUUGAUGAAUAUGAAGAGAGCACAGUUUACAAAACUGCCGAGCGCAUGGCUAAUUAUUGUGAUAGAGUUGUAGAUUUCUUUAGUGAAAAUUUCGCUAAUAUAACCACUGACUGCCUAAAGGGUAUGGAGCAUAUGAGAGACGAAUUGACAAGGGAAAAUAAAUUCAAUCUAAGCAAACUUUUUGACAGCUUAAACGAUAUGUAUGGGAAUGAGCUUAAUGGUUAUGUGGAUAUGGCAACGGAAGCGCUGGUUAAUAAAGCUGGUCUCUGUCAAAAACGAUUUCGCGCCUCUAGUCAGGAAACGGAUUGUGUGCGGAAUGCCCACUUACAGAAUGUCACCUGGAGUGCUUUGCUGAUAUUGAUGUGGUUAUUUUUGCCAUUAAUUCCAAUAGCUCUGUACUUAGCCAGAUUAUAUGGAACGCUAGAACGAGCAAGAGAACGUGCAAUGACCAGGGGACGCCCCUUAAACAGAAGAAGAAGAGAGCAUAGGCCUAAUUGCAGUUGUGAGAGUAGUAAAAUGCCAACUACAGCCCGAAGUCAGUCAGCGGCACCGGCCGGAGGUCAACAAUGUAAUAAAUGGGAUACUAAAUCGGUAAUGGACGAGAUACAAAAACAUUUAUAUAAGAACCUUUGCCAGAAUCCAGAUUUAUCAAAGAAAACAGCGGUACAGCCAAAUGGUAAGAGGAUGCGUGAAAAGGAAAAUACAAGUGAAAGAAUGGAACCACAAAACGAUAAAAGUAAUAUAAAAGUUCUGCAAGAGCGUAGCGCUAAUUAUGCUAUGCUGGGACAAGCUAAUAAAGGUCUAAUUGAACGAAAACAAUCGAAGACAUGCGAAUCUUCAACCUCAAAGAAUGUUGUUUCCAUUUCUGUACAAAAGUUUCGUGGAAGAGAUAAAGAGAGAGUUUCUGACGACAGUAAAAUGGCAGGCCGUCAGAGCAGUUCGCUUACCAAAACCAGCCCUUUACGAUUUAAUGAGCCUAAAGUACCAAGAGAGCAGCAGCGAAAUGACACGCAGAGACCAACAACGUCGAAAGGUAUCAAUUCAGUGUUAGCCAAGCCAGGUAAUAUAAAAAUCGAAAAGGAUCUUGCUAAUAAGAAAUGUUCUUGUGAGGAAAAAUCCACGAACAAAGCCAAAAAUGAACUUUUAAGUUCAAUAAAACAAACCACAAGUAAACGAGAAGAGCACGAUGAAGCUUGUGAGGAAAUCUUCGAGAGUGAUAAAAAUGUGUUGAGUAUCAAUACGUCUAUUCACAUAAUAAGAUUUAAUAAAAAAGAUAAUUAAAAA